GAGGCGUUGUUACAGCUUUUGGGCCACUGUGGUUCAUAAACAAUUACCGAGCUCAAAUGCAGGCAAGAGGCAGAUGCUGCUGUUUGUGAUUGAAGGGGAACAGGAGAACUGUAACACACACACAACCCCUUCUGAUGAUCAGACACGCUGUGAAGGAGAAUGAGCCUUGACUGUAGAACGUUCCCUGACAUUAAGCUACUGCUCCUUUUUUGUAAACCAGCUCAGAUAUUCUGCUGGGAACAGACAGUGAUCCAACUGGAACCAGAAAACUCGUAAUUCUCCAUUCUGCAACCCAUAAUACUGGAGCACCUGGAUCCAGAAACCCUCCCAGACUCUCUCUGCGCUGUCACAGUUUUGAGUCGAGAUGUCUUCACCAGCGUCCCAGAGCCGUAAGAGAGACCCUCCGACCCCUGCGAGUGAGGACCCUCUCUCUCCUCCGUCGCAGCGGUCGAGAGCUCAUGACACAUCCACAGAGCUUCAGCCCAUGCCCACAUCUCCAGCCAUGGACGUGUCGCUGUUCUCCAGCCCUAUGGCCCCGCGCUCUGUCGUGCAGAGCGAGGUCGAUGUGAGUUCUCCGCUGAUGUACGGCACUCCCAGCUCCAGGGUGGAAGGAACGCCCCGCAGCGGCAUACGCGGGACCCCGGCACGUCAGCGGGCCGACCUGGGAUCUGUCCGGAAAGCUCCACAGGUCGACAUGCAUUCAGAGCCACCGUCUGGAGAUGCUGUGGCCGGCAGCGAGCAGGGUGCAGGACAGAGACUGGUGAUCUGGGGGACUGAUGUCAACGUGGGAACCUGCAAGGAGAAGUUUCAGCGUUUCCUUCAGCAGUUCACAGACCCCAACUCCAGAGAGGAGGAGAACGCUGGGCUGGAUCUGAACGAGCCUCUUUAUAUACAGAAACUGGAUGAGAUCAGUGUUGUUGGAGAGCCGGUAUUGAAUGUGAACUGCAGUCAUAUUCAGACGUUUGAUGCUGAUCUCUACCGUCAGCUGAUCUGUUAUCCACAGGAAGUCAUCCCUACUUUCGAUAUGGCCGUCAAUGAGCUCUUCUUCGAUCGUUUCCCAGACUCCGUGUUGGAGCAUCAGAUUCAAGUGCGUCCUUACAGUGCCCUGAAAACCAGAAACAUGCGUGCGCUCAACCCUGAAGACAUUGACCAGCUCAUCACUAUCAGUGGGAUGGUGAUCCGCACCUCUCAGCUGAUCCCGGAGAUGCAGGAGGCGUUCUUCCGCUGUCAGGUGUGUGCGUUUAACACGCGUGUGGAGGUGGACCGCGGCCGCAUCGCUGAACCUGCCGUCUGCCGCAACUGCAACACCACCCACAGCAUGGCGCUGGUGCAUAACCGCUCCGCCUUCUCUGACAAACAAAUGAUAAAACUGCAGGAAUCUCCGGAGGACAUGCCUGCGGGUCAGACGCCACACACCACAAUCGUCUAUGCACACAAUGACCUGGUUGACAAAGUGCAACCUGGAGACAGAAUAAACAUCACCGGCAUUUACAGAGCCGCCCCCAUGCGUCUGAACCCACGACAGAGCCAGGUGAAGUCCGUGUACAAGACCCACAUCGACGCCAUCCACUUCCGGAAGACGGAUGAGAAGCGUCUUCAUGGACUGGACGAGGACGGCGAGCAGAAACUCUUCACUAAAGAACGGGUCGCAGCGCUGAAAGAGCUAGCGGCCAAACCGGACGUCUACGAACGUCUGUCGUCUGCGCUGGCGCCCAGCAUCUAUGAACACGAGGACAUCAAGAAAGGCAUCCUGUUGCAGUUGUUUGGUGGGACCCGUAAGGACUUCACUCAGACGGGGCGUGGAAACUUCCGUGCAGAGGUCAACAUCCUGCUUUGUGGUGAUCCGGGCACCAGUAAAUCCCAGCUGCUGCAGUACGUGUAUAACCUGGUUCCUCGCGGCCAGUACACAUCGGGGAAAGGAUCCAGUGCUGUGGGUCUCACAGCGUACGUGAUGAAGGACCCGGAAACACGUCAGCUGGUUCUGCAGACAGGAGCGCUCGUGCUCAGCGACAACGGCAUCUGCUGCAUCGACGAGUUCGAUAAGAUGAGCGACAGCACGCGGUCUGUGCUGCAUGAGGUCAUGGAGCAGCAAACGCUCUCGAUUGCUAAGGCUGGGAUCAUCUGCCAGCUUAAUGCUCGGACCUCCGUCCUCGCCGCAGCCAAUCCAGUCGAAUCUCAGUGGAAUCCCAAGAAGACGACUAUAGAAAACAUCCAGCUGCCUCACACACUUCUGUCCAGGUUUGAUUUGAUCUUCCUGAUGCUGGACCCUCAGGACGAGGCGUAUGACCGGCGUCUGGCGCAUCACCUCGUGUCUCUGUAUUAUCAGAGUGAAGAGCAGAUCGAAGAGGAACAUCUGGACAUGGCCAUGCUGAAAGACUACAUAGCUUUCGCACGUACAUCUGUGCAUCCCAGGCUCAGUGAAGAAGCUAGUCAGGCUCUUAUAGAGGCCUAUGUAGACAUGCGUAAGAUCGGCAGUGGCAGAGGGAUGGUGUCUGCGUACCCCCGUCAGCUGGAGUCUCUCAUCAGACUUGCUGAAGCUCACGCUAAAGUGCGUUUCUCAAGCAAAGUCGAGUCCAUUGACGUGGAGGAAGCCAAGAGACUGCACAGAGAGGCCCUAAAACAGUCGGCGACUGACCCCAGGACAGGAUUCGUGGAUAUCUCCAUCCUCACCACAGGGAUGAGUGCUACAGCUCGCAAGCGCAAGGAGGAAGUGGCUCAGGCCCUGAAGAAACUCAUCCAAUCAAAGGGCAAAACACCAGCUAUGAAGUACCAGCAGCUGUUUGAUGAUCUCCGUGGCCAGUCAGAAGCGGCCAUCACAAAGGACAUGUUUGACGAGGCCCUCAGAGCACUUGCUGAUGAAGAUUAUCUGACCGUCACCGGAAAGACCGUUCGACUUCUGUGAACACUCGACUGCUGCUUCCUCUUUGUUACUUGCUUCAUCCUAUUCUCUGUUUCUAUAGAGCAAUUAUUGUUAAUAAUGAUAUGUGUGGACAAUUUCUGGUUGCAAUAAAUGAGUUUUGUUGUACAA